UGAGCGCCCCACAUGUCGGUGCGGGGUGGGGGUGCCCUGGGAGCCCCUCGGGCCCUCUCAGCUCUCAACUCUGUACAGUUCUCUCGCACACAUAGCACACAGCUGGGACAGGGAGUGGGAAAGCACCCGGCACCUUGCACGGAGCUGUGAAGGAAGCUGAGGUGGGGAAGACUUGCCUUCCCGGGUGAACCAGGGCUGGCGGCAAGUGGGAUAUGAGUCUACCAGCAUCCGCUGGCCUCCGCGCACAGCAUCAGCACCUCAGCGAGCCUCGGAGGGGGGACUCUAGAGAGUUCUCUCUCCUUCCUUCCUUCCUUCCUCCCCUCCCUUAGUCCCUCCCUCCUUUCCUGGUCUUGCCUCCCUGUUUCCAUGACAACUCCGAGGGAGCCUAAACUGGGGGCUUGAAUGCCAGGACCCAGACCCCGGCGGCGCCGGCCGGGGCCCCCGACUCCCGCUGCAGGGACCCGGUCCCGGGGGGACUGCAAGCAUGUCAGCGGAAAAGUCAGGCCUCCCGGACUCCGUCCCUCACACUUCGCCGCCGCCCUACAAUGCCCCCCAGCCCCCGGCCGAAGCGCCCGCCCCGCCCCCACAAGCCGCCCCCUCCUCGCACCAGCACCACCAGCACCACCACCACCAGGCCGGCACCGCCACGCUCCCGCGCCUCGGGGCAGGCGGCCUGGCCUCCUCCGCGGCCACGGCCCAGCGCGGCCCCUCGUCCUCCGCCACGCUCCCGAGGCCCCCCCACCACGCCACGCCCGGCCCGGCCGCCGGGGCGCCCCCACCCGGUUGCGCCACCCUGCCCCGAAUGCCCCCCGACCCGUACCUGCAGGAGACCCGCUUCGAGGGCGCCCUCCCCCCGCCGCCCGCCUCGGCCGCCCCGCCGCCGCCUGCGCCCGCCUCGGCCACCCAGGCUCCGGGCUUCGUGGUGCCCACGCACGCGGGGGCGCUGGGCACGCUGCCGCUGGGGGGCUACGUGGCGCCCGGAUAUCCCCUGCAGCUGCAACCCUGCACAGCCUACGUGCCGGUCUACCCGGUGGGCACGCCCUACGCAGGCGGGACCCCGGGGGGCACUGGGGUGACCUCCACUCUGCCCCCGCCGCCCCAGGGCCCGGGGCUGGCCCUGCUGGAGCCGAGGCGCCCGCCGCACGACUACAUGCCCAUCGCAGUGCUGACCACCAUCUGCUGCUUCUGGCCCACGGGGAUCAUCGCCAUCUUCAAGGCGGUGCAGGUGCGCACAGCCCUGGCCCGCGGGGACAUGGUGUCCGCCGAGAUCGCGUCACGCGAGGCCCGGAACUUCUCCUUCAUCUCCCUGGCCGUGGGCAUCGCAGCCAUGGUGCUCUGUACCAUCCUCACCGUCGUCAUCAUCAUCGCCGCGCAGCACCACGAGAACUACUGGGAUCCCUGAAGACGCCGCGGCCCGGCCUGCUGUGCGCCCCGCCGCGGGCCCCGCGGGCUCGGGACUCCAGGCAUCCUCGACUCCGCCUCCACGGAGCCUCUCGCCUGGCGAGCGCGCUCCAAUUCGGCUCCUCAGGAACCCCUGCAAAACCCGCACGCGCAGGGACCCCGCCUGCUGGGGCCCCCGCCACGCGCCGGGGCCUGGGUCGCCCCAGUUCCCAGCCCUCCUCCCCAAGCGCAUCGCCCCCCCGCCCAGCUCCCGAGGUCUCGGCGCUCGGCCUGGACUCGGGUCCCGAAGCCCCGCCUCCUUCACAGGCCCCGCCCACUAAGACUAACCCAUCCCCGCCUCCGGGCCAGCAGGCUCCGCCCUCCUCGCCUGCAGGGUGAGUUCGAGCCGCGCCCCUCGCUCCCACCUAUUUUUGCUAGUACCAGUUUCGCCCUCCUCCACCUGGGUCUCCGCCUAUUUUCUUGCUAAUUCCAGAACUUCUCUUUUUGUUGUUUUUGGAAGGAAACUUGGAAGGUCUCUGCUUUAGGACCUGAGAUAAGAAAGGCGGCCCCUACUCUGUAAAUAGCCCUCCCACCGCCUGGCAGAGGGAAGCCAGGAUGAGCACCUCCCGGGCCCGCUAACCCUCCGUCCCCGCCUUGUUCCGGUCUGUGUGGUGUGUGAACCUCCGAAAGAGGACAUUAAAGAGCCUUAGUGGAUU